AUGGAGGAGGAGGAGAAGGGAGUGCAGCUCGGGAGUGAGAAGCAGGUGCCCAACUCUGAAAGUGGUUUCAUGUGGCACAUGACUGACACCAAUCGGCUGCAGCGCUUCCUGUGCUUCGGUUCCGAAGGUGCUGCUUAUCACAUCAAGGAGCAGAAGCUGGGAUUUGAAAAUGCAGAAGCUCUGCUAAGACUGAUUGAAGAGGGCAGAGGCUGUGAAGUUGUUGAAGAAAUAAAAUCAUUUAGCCAGGAAGGCAGAGCAGCCAAGCAGGAGCCCCUGCUUUUUGCUCUUGCAGUUUGCUCACAGUGUUCCGAUGUGAAAACGAAACAAGCGGCAUUUAAAGCUGUUCCUGAGGUGUGUUGCAUACCAACCCAUCUCUUUACUUUCAUCCAGUUUAAAAAAGAUCUGAAGGAGGGCAUGAAAUGUGGCAUGUGGGGCCGUGCACUGAGGAAAGCUGUUGCAGAUUGGUACAAUGGAAAGAAUGGCAUGGCUCUUGCUUUAGCAGUUACAAAAUAUAAACAAAGAAGUGGUUGGUCUCAUAAAGAUCUUCUGAGGUUGUCCCACCUAAAACCUGCCAGUGAAGGUAUUGCUAUAGUCACUAAAUAUAUUACCAAGGGGUGGAAAGAUGUCCAAGAAGCUUAUAAAGAGAAAGCAGUUUCUGAUGAGACUGAAAAACUCUUAAAGUAUCUGGAGGCUGUGGAGAAAGUCAAACGCACAAAAGAUGAAUUGGAAGUUAUUCACUUAAUAGAGGAAUAUGGCCUAGUUAGGGAGCAUCUCCUGACAAACCAUCUGAAAUCUAAAGAGGUUUGGAAGGCAUUGCUGAAGGAGAUGCCCAUCUCUGUAUUGCUGAGGAACUUAGGAAAGCUGACAGCAAAUGCAGUGCUUGAGCCACGAGGGUCAGAAGUGGCAAUAGUAUGUGAAAAACUGAGAAAUGAGAAACUGCUGAAAAAGGGUAGGAUACAUCCAUUCCAUAUUCUGGUUGCAUUGGAAACCUAUAAAGCUGGGCAUGGGAGCAGAGGGAAGCUUUGGUGGCGUCCUGAUGAAGACAUUUUAGAAGCUUUAGAUGCCUCAUUUUACAAAGCUCUCAAGGCAGUUGAACCAACAGGAAAACGCUUCUUACUUGCAGUUGAUGUCAGUGCAUCAAUGACCCAAAAAGUGUUGGGCAGUGUCCUUAAUGCCAGCACAGUUGCAGCAACAAUGUGUAUGGUUGUAGCACGUACUGAGAAGGAUUCCCAGAUUGUUGCCUUUUCACAUGAACUGGUCCCUUGUCCAGUGACAGCUGAUAUGACGUUACCUCAAGUUUUAGUGAAAAUGUAUGAAAUUCCAGUGGGUACCACUGAUUGUUCCCUUCCAAUGAUAUGGGCUCAAAAAACUCAGACAGCUGCUGAUGUCUUCAUUGUAUUUACUGAUAAUGAGACCUUUGCUGGGAGUGCUCCUCCUGCAACAGCUCUUAGGGAGUACAGAGAGAAAAUGGGUAUUCCUGCUAAACUGAUUGUUUGUGGAAUGACCUCAAAUAGUUUCUCGAUCGCAGAUCCAGAUGACAGAGGCAUGUUGGACAUAUGUGGCUUUGAUACAGGAGCUUUGGAUGUUAUUCGAAACUUCAGUUUGGAUUUGAUUUAAUUUUUCUAGCCAUCUGCUCUUCCCAGUGGGUCCAUUGCUGGCAACAGACUUCACCCUGGGAGCUCCUAGCCAAAUAUACUUUAUUAGAAU